UGACGCCAGAUGACGCCAUGGGUCUGAAAUGGGUUUUCAGUAGAUUUAUAAGGGCGAUGAUUAAUCCAUUGCAAGUAAGACGUAGAUUGGCUUCGAGUAUUAGAAUAUUGAAAAAAUCGAGUAUUAGAAAAUGCCGCUCUUAAUUUGAAAAUACUUUACAAGAACCGUGAAGAACAUAAAUAAAAAAGUAGAUUGAUAUCAAUACUUCCUUUACCUCAAGUGACAUAGGAACUAGUUAACAGAGUUUACAUGACCAUACUCAUUGCGGUAAACUGAUUUUUGUUGCAUGCUAUGUAUACAAAUAGAAGAUGCCGUAAGUGGGGAGAUUUUAUCUAGGUUGGUUAUACGCGUUUGCCACACGAAAUGCAUAUACGUAUAUUACGUUACACCCUAGAAACGGGAACGACUAAGAGAUUAUGAAUAUCUACAUUUCGCCAAUUUGUAUACUGUUGUUUCGGAGCAUUGGAUUCACUGUUUAAUGUAAUCAAUACCUUGUAUACUUUAUCUAAUCAGUGGUGCUCGUAUAAUUUUUGGACCGAAAAAGAAAUUAUCGCGAGAUAAAUAAUGAAUGUGAUAAAGUCUGCUUGGUGAUUUUUGCAGAGACACCUCUUCCAAAAGAUGUCGAACGUCACUUUAUAUUCUCACGACAUCAGCCCACCAUGUCGUGCAGUUCUAAUGACGGCACACGCGAUUGGUCUGAAGCUCAACAUCCACGAGAUAAAUUUGCUGAACCAGGAUCACUACUCAGAGAAAUAUACAAAAAUAAAUCCUCAACAAUCCAUUCCAGCAAUGGACGACAACGGUUUCUUCCUUACCGACAGCCACGCUAUUAACUGCUACUUGGUGGGUAAAUAUGCUAAGGAUGAUUCCUUGUACCCGAAGGAUCUGCAGAAACGCGCCUUAGUCGACCAGUUCCUCUACCUUGAUGCGGGACUACUCUUCUACAACGCGAAAAAUAUUGUUAAACCCAUAUUUCAACAGAGAACGAAAACGGUUCCCGAGGAGAAAAUGGAGCGUAUUAACGAAGGGUUCGACCAGUUGAAUAAAUUAUUGGAGGGUAAGAAAUGGCUCGUAGGAGAUUCUUAUACUCUCGCGGACAUAUGCUGCGUAGCAACCGCAUCGUCAAGCACCCUAAUAGUGAACAUCGACAACUAUCCGAAUGUAAAGGCUUGGCUACAGACAUGCGAGAAGGAACUACCAGGCUACAAAGAGUGCAAUGCAACGGGAGACGCCAAAUUUAAAACGAUUGUUCGCUCCAUGAUGUCAGCGAAAUAGAACUUUCUUCUCUCUUAUUGUUUCUAGAUGUAGGGUUACGAUAUCUGAAUUUUAUUAACACGUUUAUAAUUAUUAUUUUACAAUAAAGUGAAAACGAGGAGA